CUUGAGUGAACCCAGCCCCAGAACGACCACACUGUGCGGAAGAGCUCGAGGGGGCGGGCAGAGAGGGUUCGCUCGCCUCGCCAAAAUUUGGGAAACCUUAACCUUGGCGUCGGGAGGGAGGGAGGAGUCAAGGUGAUACCCUCCUCCGGUCCGGGGGUUUCCCCGGCGUCGUCCGUCGCGGUGGGCGGCCCCUUUGGCUUUCCACCUGCAGCCGGGCCGGGGGAGGCGGCCAAGGACGGCCCCUUGGCCGGCGGUUGGCUCGGCAGGCAGCCCAUGCUAAUGAGCCCGCGGGUUUAUUGCACCUGCCCGGCCGGCUCGCCUCGCCGGGACCCGCAGCUCGCCAUGCCGCGCUCCUUCCUGGUCAAGAAGCCCUCCAGCACCCGCGUCCCCAACUACGGCCAGCUGGAGACGCGCCGCCGCCAAGAAUCCAGUGGAUCGUGCCACUCCUGGAGAGGUGUAGUGUUACCCCUCCUUGUUCCGGAUGGUGCGGCUUGUUCGGUAGCCUCCUGCGAAGCUGUUUGCUUCUGGGAUCGCAGCUCUGCGGUUGCCUGCCUAUCCCCACCUCUUCCACAGAGCAGUGAAGCCAAAGGGGAGCCUGGUUCGAGUCCCCAAGCUGGUGCUGGGGGCAGCUCCAGAGGCAACUGGGUCCCUGCCGCUCCUCUCCGUGAUAACCAGAACAACCUCAAUCUCCUGUCAGCGUUCAGCCCGCUCCAAAGGAGGACUCCCAACCUAGGCAGCCCUGCGGAGGGAGACGGAGCGAAACUGUUGGGGCAGGAAGAUGUGGCUGCCGACCCCCUGGAGAGGUUUGAGUGUCCAGACUGUCACAAGCCCUACAACACCUUCUCAGGCCUGGCCCGGCACAGGCAGCAGCACUGCAAGCUGCAGGCGGCAGCGGUGAGGAAGUAUUUCAACUGCAAGCACUGUGACAAGGAAUACGCCAGCCUGGGUGCCUUGAAGAUGCACAUUCGCACCCACACCCUGCCAUGCACGUGCAAGAUCUGUGGCAAAGCCUUCUCCCGGCCUUGGCUGCUACAGGGGCAUAUCCGGACGCAUACAGGUGAAAAGCCCUAUACCUGUUCACACUGCAGCCGAGCUUUUGCUGACCGCUCCAACCUCCGUGCCCACCUGCAGACGCAUUCCGACAUCAAGAAAUACCAGUGUCACGCCUGCUUGAAGACCUUCUCCAGGAUGUCCUUGCUUUUGAGGCAUGAGGAGACAGUUUGCUGCCCUGCCACCUGAGAACCCUGUUGCACUUGACUGGCUAUCUGGAAAAUGUAAUCUGAGACUGUUUGGGGAGAUUAGGAGGAUGUGAGCCCUGGAUGACUGAAGAGCUGCAACGCAGAGCCUGGAGUUGCAUCCUGGACUAGAGCAGCAGUUGGGUUUUUUAAAAAAUAAGUUCCAGAGCAUGUGUGGAUUAGCUUCUUAGUUGCAGCAAAAUCUAGUUACAUCUCAAUUUGGGAAAUGGAAGGGUGUACGGCCCCAUAACUCUGUGUGUUUCAAAACCACAAAAGGGGCCUGUGUGUCAGGCUGGCUUUCAAUACCUUGGGCUGAAUUCUUCUGCAAAAGUGUCUCCUCUCAUUGUGGCAUCAUUGAUCCAUCCAAAUGGUCACUUUGCAUACUGGUGCGUCUCCUUGGAUGCAGGGUUGCUUGGCCUCUAGGGGGCCAAGGAGGCCUCUGUUUUGGCAUGACAGGAGGAAAUCCAGGACCACAGAUUUGCUGUCUAUAUCAUCCUUUUGGUGUUUUGCACAAAAAGGAUUUUAAUGUUUCCAUUUUCAGAUGAUUUUUAUUAUGGCUUUCAGUCUUCUUCUUGCUACCUGCUACAGUCACUUUGUGGUCAUGAAUUCCUAGUUUCCAGAAGCUUGUCUUCUGGUGUCUUUACAUUCAAAAAGAGAGGAAUGAAUGAUAGGAGACUGAGCCUGCCAUAUGAUCCCUCUGUGGUGAGAGGGAGGGCCCAAGGGCAACAGUUGAAUUGCAAGUUGUCUACUCGACUGCCUUGGGCAGGAGACCUGCUGUGACUCUUGCUCAUCUGAUCCAAGGUCUCUGCUUCCAGCCAUGCCGGGGCCGUUCAGCAAUUCCUGGGAGGGCGGUGGCAAAGUGAGGGAGGGCUCAGAGUGAUCCUCAGCUGCUGCCGCUUGCAGUGCCUCUGCUUUCCUUCCUGUUCAGCUUGGGGAAGGGGGGUGGGUAAAGCAGAAGGGGCAGCUGCAACAGCAUGGCAACCAAGCUGGAUCUUGGCUUGCAAGCUUCUGGUUUUGAGCACAAGGCUGACAAAUUCCAGGAGUAGUGUGGGACCCGAUGCAGCCUUGGUGGGCUCAUGUGCUGCUGCUGCAUCUAAGCAUCCUCUGCUACAAGUGCAGCCAGCUGUUCUUGAUCCUGGCUGCUGCUGGGCAAGCCAUAGGUUUCACUGGGAAAGGGUAGCAUAGCUCAGUGGUGUGGGCAGAGCUUGGAAAAGUUACUUUUUUAAAACUACAACUCCCAUCAGCCCCAGUCAGCAUAGCCACUGGAUUGGGCUGAUGGGAGUUGUAGUUCAAAAAAGUAAAUUUUCCAAGCUCUGGGUGUGGGACAUGUUCCGAUUGCAGAAGGCUUUAGGUCCAAUCCCUGCCACCUCCUGUGUUGUUGUUUUUUUAAAAGGAUCUUUGGGCCAAGAUAUGUUAGCUAUGCAGCUGUGACUUUUUUUUAAGUGCAGAGUUACUGGCUUUUCCCAAAACAAUUGCCAGUGUGGUGGCCCCACUUUGGAUCGGGACCCUAGCAUGGGGAAUAAGGGGCUUUAACCUUUCUCCCUCAUUGCUGUGAUCCUAAUUUGGAUCAGGUGGUGGUGGUAGCACACAUACAAUUUGGAUUGGGGAGGGGGACCCCCUCACAGUUGCUUCAAUGGGAACUGGCUGGGGCUGAUGGGAGUUGUAGUCCUAAACAUAUGGAGGGCACCCAGUGGGCAAAGACUGGUAUAGACAAAACUGGGCUCAGUUGACAAAUAACCUGAUUUGCCAUGAAUACUGAUGUCAGUGUUUAAAAUAAUUCACCAGGGCCUGGGCAUCCAGUAUAGUCACCACCAUCACCACCAGGUAAAAUCUGUCCACGAGGAAAUUCAGUAGUGGUGGUCUCCUGAAGUACUGGGUUGCCUACUUGGUGUAGGCCCAUUUAAAUUAAUGGACCUGACUAACUUUGAUUAGUCAAUGGGUCUACUUGAUGUAUGUGCUUAUUCUUUUGCCUCGGAUAUAACUCUUUAGCUGUGUUUAUAGAGAAAUUGAAUAAAGAAAUGUUUUUUAGAAA